AUGGCGGGAGAUUGCAAAGUAAUUUGGGCUAUACAAAUGUGAAAUGUGAUGAUUUUGCUAAGAAAUGUUUUCAAAAUCAUGAAAAAGAAAAAUUUUAGUUAAAAAAAAUUGUAUAAUGCUAUUCGCUCUUUUGCGUAUGGUUGGCCACACCUAGGCACAGUGCUUAAAUCUUGGACACACAUCAUCUUCAGUUUUAAAGGAUUGCUAAAAAAAACUUUAGCAUAAUUUCAAAAAGUGGAAUGUUAACUAUUAUCACCACAUAUUAAAAAAUUCAUUAAAGACUUUUUUAAUGUUACUAAUUCACUGAAAAUGAAGCCAAGAAAGUCAGAUGGUCAAAAGUUCAAGUCUAUGCCAUUGAAACUCAGCUUGAAAAGCAAAGAAAAAGACAAAGUAUUAGCUCGUUGGACAGAUGGAUUAUUUUAUUUAGUCAGAGUUACCAAGGUCUCUAGUUCACACAAAACUUGUAUGGUGGAGUUUGAAGACAAGUCCACAGCUACAGUGCACUUUAAAGAUCUGUUAGAAGAAAAAGAGGAAGGCAGUACCCAGUGUCAUUGUUGUGGUAAAGAAGAAGCAACCUCAACCAACCUUUUGGUCAAGUGCAGCAAUUGUGACAGAGAUUACCACCAGAUGUGUCAUGUGCCACCUGUAGAUGAUGUGGAUGAAAAGUUUGUCUGCAGAAUUUGUGUCUUUGCUGCUUGUGCUCAGGCUGGCGGUGCCAAGAGUACUGGCCCUUUAGCUGACAAGUUUUCCUACAUGAGCCAGUUUUUCCCAUACCAGAUCAAGUAUCUAACAUGGAAUGCUUGUCACACUUCAAAUGUGGAACAGUGUUUCUGUUACUGUGGCGGGCCAGGCAUCUGGUAUAAUAAGAUGCUUCAAUGUUGUCGAUGUAGACAAUGGUUUCAUGAAGCUUGCAUCCCCAGUAUACAAGAGGAGUUGCUUAUUGGCGACCGCUUUUUUAUCUUUGCUUGUGCUCAUUGUAACCAUGGGCAGGAGUUUUUACAGCGCAUGGAGCUAGACUGGCUGUCUAUCACUCACAUAACCAUGUUUCAUCUGAUCAUGACAAUGGGAACAAGAUAUGUUGACUUGGAUUCUGAUAUUCUACCAUUUAUUUUGGGUCGCUCCCAAAGUUUUGGUUUGAAAAAAUUGCUAAAUGGUCACCAUGGCAGUAAAGAUGCAAUCCGUGGCCACCUGAUGAAUAUAUUUAAAAGAAAUAGUUCCAUCUUUUGCUGUGGGUCAGAGGUUAAGAAGAGAUGCACUUAUUUUGGCAUCAGGGAACGCAUUCCACCAGGACCAGCAUCUAUAGCCAUCCCAACAGCGGAUAAAAUCAUCACAGCAGAGUCAUUGGCUGAUGCUGCAUUAAAAAAAUAUAUUUUUAGUCCCAGUAAAUAUAGUUUGUCCGUGCCGUAUGUUCUGAGAGGAGCAAAGAAGGUUGUGCCACCAACACUAAGUGCUAGACUUAAAGAAUCCAAAUUAGCUAAAAUAGCUAGAGUGAAAUCUGAACACAAUUACUGCACGCCAGUCAAAUGUCUUGAUGAUUCCCCUGGGAGGCGCACUAGAAAAUCUCCGUUGCCUGAAGACUCCCCAGGGAGGCGCACUAGAAAAUCUCCAUUGCCUGAAGACUCCCCAGGGAGGCGCACUAGAAAAUCUCCGUUGCCUGAAGACUCCCCAGGGAGGCGCACUAGAAAAUCUCCAUUGCCUGAAGACUCCCCAGGGAGGCGCACUAGAAAAUCUCCGUUGCCUGAAGACUCCCCAGGGAGGCGCACUAGAAAAUCUCCGUUGCCUGAAGACUCCCCAGGGAGGCGCACUAGAAAAUGUUUGUAUAGCAGCUUUGAUAUAUUUGAUGCCAACAAUAACUCGCCUGCCAAAGUAGAAGAGGAGGUCCAUGUUGAGGUGGACACCAGGCCAGCCUUCUGGUCACUGGACACGGCGUUCCCAGAGCCAGACAGUUUCUCUGGUCUCAAUCAUCCAUUUCUCACCCAGACAGAACAGGACAGCAUACGACAGCAGAGACAACAUUUUGAGCAGCAGCUGUCCCGUCUGGCGCAUGUGCUGUUCCCAGAUGAUGAGAUGAAAUCUUGUAUUCCAUUAGCCCCUGUACCAUCUUCAACAGCCAACACCAUCAAAGGCUUCAAAGGGGAGUUGGCUCUCCUGCUAGACACAACUCAGUCUGUAGCUACACCAAGGAAACUAAAGGGUUCCUGUAGUGAUACUGGUUCUCAGGGCAUAUCUCCAUCUCAGGGCAUAUCUCCAUCUCAGGGCAUAUCUCCCAGACUACGUCAUGCCUCAGCCCGAGGCUCUAGUCUCAGCUCCCACUGUGUAAACACAAGCUCAGCACCAAAGCAAGCCAAAAAUGGAUAUUCACUCAAAAAGCCAGUUGAGGACAUUGAAGCAGAAAAGCGGAUGAAGGCUUUAAACAGGUGCCUUAAAAAUUUGACUCCUACCUGUGGGUUUCGUUUUCCUGUUCUUGAAGAGGCCAGAGCCGCCGUUUCUCCUCUUCCUGACCUACAGCUGCCUGCUCAACCUUCACCUUGCUCACAGACUGUCAAAUCCAAAAGACAGCCCAAGAAAGGUUUCAAGCGCAAGCAUGAUGUGAUGAAUGAAUGUAGUGAGGACAGUGAUCUGUCUAGCCAAGACCUUGUACGGCGAAGCCACAGAAGUCGUCAUUCAGUGAAAAGAUUUGAGGCUUCACUUGAUAAUAAAAGUUAUGAAUAUUUUGAAGGUGCCACUGGUCCCACAUCUGUGGCUGUUGGUGCAGACAGACAAUACCAAGUGAUUUCACUGCGCGUACGGCCUGAUGAUACAACUGUAGAGUACUUGGUCAACUGGUCUUAGUCUCCCAUCUCUGGCUGACAUUCAUCCCAUCAUCUAGUAGACAUAGAUGGGCCACAGGAGGAAACCAUCUGGAGUCCUACUAGUUGUGUUGUUGGUAGAGUGGGUCUCCUAUGUUGGUCCCUAUUUUCUAGUCCACACAAAUGUACACUGGCAUUCCAGGAUCCCAGUUAAUUCAACAUCAGUCCAGGUAUUUAAGUGAUGGUUGCCACUGGCAUGUGUGAUGUAUUUGAUGGUUGCCACUGGCAUGUGUGAUGUAUUUGAUGGUUGCCACUGGCAUGUGUGAUGUAUUUGAUGGUUGCCACUGGCAUGUGUGAUGUAUUUGAUGGUUGCCACUGGCAUGUGUGAUGUAUUUGAUGGUUGCCACUGGCAUGUGUGAUGUAUUUGAUGGUUGCCACUGGCAUGUGUGAUGUAUUUGAUGGUUGCCACUGGCAUGUGUGAUGUAUUUGAUGGUUGCCACUGGCAUGUGUGAUGUAUUUGAUGGUUGCCACUGGCAUGUGUGAUGUAUUUGAUGGUUGCCACUGGCAUGUGUGAUGAAACUCAGACCUGUCUGACAUAGAAAACUAAAUCGAGGCUCCGGCAGAAAACUAAAUCGAGGCUCCGGCCACUGAACCAUUCCACUCCCAGCACAAGGAUGGAUUUGUUGUGGCCUACUAGAGUGUUGGUUGGUGGUCAACACAUUUUAAUCUAAUUUUAAUCUAUGGCUUGCUUGUCUUUGGACAGCUCUUUGUUUAUUUUAGCCUUAUUUAUUUGACCUGUAUUUCAGUUAUGUGAAGUUUUAAAUCAUCUGUAUAAACACAAUUUUUAACAAAUGAUACUAAUCUUAUAAGUGAUUUGUAGAUACAGUGUUUGUUAAUUCUGUGUGUGAUUUUUUUACUGUGCCAUCAUAUCAAAUAUUUAUGUCAAUCUGUUCCUAAUCUUUGAAAUAAUGCAAAUCAAUGUUUGAAUCACCGGUAGAGGGAUGUAAUCUUGAUGGAUGGGCUGUGUUGUGGCUGUUUGAUGGAUGGGCUGUGUUGUAUGCUGUGAUGUAUGCUGUUUGAUGGGUGUCUUUCAAUGCUGACCUGUCCUAAGUCCAUCUGGACAGUUGACUCAAUCAUUGCUGUACAAGAAUUUGUAACGAUUGGAAUAAAAUGUGCUAUGUAGAUUGACCAGUUCUGUUGAGUGGUUGAAUGUACUGGCUACUGGCUUUUUUCUUUUCCAUUCCAAUAACCCCCAGCAUUUGUUGAACUGUGUAGUUAGGCUGUAAAUGGCAGAGUUUUUAUUCAGUAUUAAUUUGAGCCUGCCCUGUGUAGUGACUGGGUCGGUAGUCCCUCUAUGGAUGGGUGCAUUUUUCUUGUGAUUAAACCUU